AUGAGUUAUCAGUCAUAUCUCAAAUCCACCGCAGGCUUUGCCAAUAUCAAAAGUCCAGCACCGGGCUCUAUCCAUCGAAAACCUCCUCCGGCUCCAGCGCCGUCCAUCACACCCUCGGGAUCCUCGAUUCAAAGCAGUCGGACAAACAAUGCUAAUCCAAUCGUAACCACCAAUCCUCCAUUCACGCCUGCAUCAUCAACAAGCUCGCCAGCAAACCCCUCCACGCCCAAAAUACCACCUACCUCCCGCUCCAACAUUCCCACAUCCGAGCCGACUCGCACAUCCUUGACCCAAGAACAAAUUGACGCUGCGCUGAAAUCAUGUUUGGAUCUUCAAAAUACUGCCACCACACUGCACGAGAAGCGGCCUUUUGCAGCCUUGCUUCUGGGCCCUGACAACACCACAGUCCUACUGACACACUUUUCCAUCUCUCACGUGCAACAUGCAGAGACAGAGCUUGCCCGGCUAGCUACCAUCCACUUCUCACAGAAAUACCUUGCUGCGUGCACACUGGUGUCGACUUGGGAACCAUGCGCGAUGUGUACAGGGACAUUGUACUGGAGCAAUAUUGGACGGCUGGUCUAUGCUGCCAGCGAAGAGAAGCUGAAAGACUUGACUGGUGGUCACAACGAGGAAAACAUGACCAUGUCCUUGCCCUGUCGGGAUGUGCUCAAGGCCGGUCAGAAGGAUGUGGAAGUCAUUGGACCCGUCCCGCAGUGGGAAGAGAAGGUCAUUGAAGAGAGCGGAAAAUGGUGGAAAGAACAUCAGUCCAGUGAGUCUGCGCGGAUGAUGAGAGCGGGCAGUGUCAACGGAAGUGAGAAGCCGGGAAGCCUGUCAAGUAUGCGUCACGGCACGCCAACCACAUGGACGGGAGAAGAAACUGUUCUCAGCAGCAUCGAUGACGAGGGUGAAUACAAAGCGGAGCUUGAUAUCGACUGGAUGAGGUAG